UAUUUUCAGGUACUAGUAAUCAAAAACUCUCAGUGCAGACUAUAAAGGAAAAAUUGCAGUCAACAAGACGAAAACGUCUUGACAGAUGUUCCAUGAAGAUUGAUGAACCAGUACCCUCCAAAAAGCGAAAACAAAAAGAGACAUACAAAGUGACGUUUGGAUUGAUGACGUUUGUUAACGCUGCAGUCAAAUAUCUAAUGCCUAGACAAGGCGGUGGUGCUAAAAAGGAAACCAUAUGAAAGGAUGCAACGUAUGAUGAUAAGCUGAAAAUUGCUAAGGAAUUGUAUAAUAUGGAUGAAGAUUCAGACUGUUAUCUUGGGACGUAUGAUGCACAACAAUUAGAUAAAAACAUAACCUGUUCUCAGUUUGUUAAACAAUCAAACUUUGUUACACUUCCACGUAUCUACCUUAUCAAACAGGAGUCCCCACUCCAGGUCAUACCGAGAGUGCAUGACUGGAAAUUCGACCAAAAGUUUAAAUAUCCAUGGGUCGUUGACUGUGUUCCACCCCGAUGACUCGAGACCUACGCAUUGUUACAACCAACACAGGAUAAUAUGGAUCUAUACAGACAGGAGGAAGAAAACACGUACGAUUAUAUCGACAAUGGUGCAUUCAGUAACUAUGCAUACGAAGGACUUUCUGAUGAUGCAUACAAAACUGAAGAGAAGUUUAAUGUCAGCAGGGAUACAUUUAGCAAAUCACCUCUGCCGAAGUCUCGUCAAAAACGAUGUCUGAUAAUGUUUAUCAUUGCUGCAGUCCUCCUUAUAGUUAUCAUUGCUGUCGUCAUCUGGGUUGUCGUCAGAAAGAAUGAGAAGAACACUGCCAAUGCCCCAAAACAAUUCGAGGCGACCUUGACCUUGGGUAUGACAUGGAUUCCCGUGUAUUCUGACACUAACAGUAUACAAUAUCAACAGCUGACGUCUGAUCUCUUAAAACAGACAGAGGACGCAUUAAAACGGAGCGACAUCGGCAAGGAUUUGGAUCAUAUCACUAUAUCAACACUGAGACCCGGAAGUGUGAUUUGCGACAUCAAUAUCUUCAUGGAAACAGCGAAAUAUUCAGUAAAUGGCGCAUCACGUGACAUCACCACUGUUGUGAUUCAGGAGAGACUUACGGAUAUUGUAGAGACGGCCAAAAUAAACCACCCAGCUUCAAUUUUAGCGAAAGUGGACACAUCAAAAAUAGCAGUCAGAAAACCAGUGUCAGAAACACAAUCGGGCUCGGAAUUAACAACCCUUUCUCCAUAUACUACGUCACCUCCACGUCAGACCCAAUCACCAGCCACAACAUCCACUGCCAGACUGUAUUCAACAACUUCAGCCAUAGUCACCGGAGGAAAUUCUCCAUGUACAAAUGUAGCCUACCUUCAAACCAUCCUGACAGAUAAGUGUUUUGAUAUCAGCAAAUAUUACCAAGCACUACAGAGUACUGACGUCUCGGCUGAAAUCUGUAGAUUCCUUCACGAAACAGUUCGCUGUGUCAUAAAUGAAGUUUUCAUGGAUACAGGAAUCACAUGUCCAGUGGAUAUAAACGACCAACUACUAGCAGAUAAUGCUGACUAUAUCCAGAGUAUCAUAUCCAUAGAUCCAAGAAUAUGUUUUCUACCCCCGACUUCUGAAGCACCACAUUUGACCAGAUAUCCAUCAACAGAUAUGACGAGAUCAACAGUCGUCAAAGACACUGGAUCACCAUGUACUAACACUUCAUACUUAGAAGAAUUGUUACUCAGACAGUGUGUAGAUUACGUCCGAUUUGCGGCAGUUUUACAGUCCGAUAUGACAGAGAAGUGCAAAUUUGUAGUUGAUGUGAUUGAUUGCGUGUUGAGAAAAGUUUUAGAUGAGACGGGUGUCGUGUGUACAACAGCUCAGAAGGAUACAAUCAUUGCAGAGAAUGCCGGGACUGUACAGCAGCUUCUGUCUAUGGAUAUUAUGACCUGUUUUCCUUGACAAACAACUUGUACUGGGUAUUCCUCUUCUCAAAGUGUUGAUCAUUUUAAAUUCAAUUAUCGCUUAAUGACUGAUUGUCUAUGGUACUCUGCAUCCUGUUUUAAUGGAGUGGUAUUUCACUGCAUGUGCAUCCCUUCCCGUCCAAUUUGCACACGGUUGCAUUUGGUUGAAGGAGUAUGAAGAAACUGACUUCUGAAGUUUCCAAUGUUAAUGUACGUUAAUACAUUAUACAAUUAUUGCUGUUUUUGUAGGUCAAUACGAUGAUUUAGCCACCUGAGUAGUACAAUAUUCAGCGAGCCCGAAGGACGAGGUGAAUACUGUACUUUGAAGGUGGCUAAAUCAUCGUAUUGACCUACAAAAACAGCAAUAAUUGUUUUAUUAUAUGAUUAAAUGAUUAAAAAACCCUUCAAGAUUGUUCUUUGCUUUAAUUGUGCUGAAAUCUUAGCCGAACCCAGUGAGAAACGCGGAAUUUCAUUGGACGGCAAAAAUAAGUAUAGUAGAUCGCGUCAAAUUGGAAGUUCCCGACCGAUUUUUUUUGGUCCUAUGUGGAAAAAAUAAUUCCUUGUGUUCACCUGGAAGGUCACGUGCAGGUAAACAUAACGUAGUAUGAUUUCUACAUUGUUGUAUCUCAGCCAAUUAGAGAGCUAGGAAUUAUUCAAUCAUAUAAUAAAGUGAUUUGUUACAAGUCGACCAUGACCUUCCUUUUUAGAUAUUUGCUUUCAAGAACAGUCUCUUUGUUCUAGAUGCAAAUCAUCGCUGUCCAAAAUGUUUACAAAACGACAUAUUUCAAUAUUUACUACAGUUAUUUCAACAUAGAUGUGCAAUAUGUGCCAGUAUUCUCCACCCCUUAUCGAGGAUAUGGUACAUGAGUAUGUUCUCGCUUAUCUAGGGGCAUUAGAAUACAUGUAUUCCGUCAUUUUGUUGAAAAUGCUGAGCUGUAUAUAUCAGUGUUAUUGGUAAACAAAACGAACUAUGUGUUUUCCAGUACUGUAUUGAUACAUGUAAUGGCAUUGUAUCGGAGUUAAUUUGUACAUAUAUGGACUUUGUAAGGAAUGUGGUAAUAUCAUAGACUGUACGGGCGAACUAUAUCGUUUAUUGUUGUUGUUUUUUUUUAAUACAUAAUUAUUUAAUAAUAAUUGUGUUCCUGUCGUCUUUGUUAAAAGGGAUGUUAUAUUCUUUUGCUAAUUUUACUUUGUUUUUAUGAAAUUAAUAAAAAUGAUAA